GCCCAGUGUAAAAGUUAAACUGGCCCAGGGUAUGAGUAUUAUGGCCCAGUGUAAAAAAAAUCAGUUCAGCUCCAACUUAAUGAAAAGAAGUGCAGCGCCCCAGCGCAAUCCAAAAAUCACGGACGGACGAAGCUGACGCACCGCGCACGCCUCAGCGGCUCAUCCAGCACCGCCUAAUCGCCGGACGUCGUCAACUCGUCGACUCGCCUAAUCGCCGGUCGCCAGUCGCACCCUAAGAUGCUCGGUAUGGCUUGAGUGCAGAGACGUUGCUUGGACCUGAGUGCUUGACCGGCGAUGGCUAUCUUCUUCUCUCUUGGACUCCAGAAGCCGGAAGCUGCUUUUCCUCUCUUCAAGGUCGUUGCUUCAAGCAGAGCCGCAGAGGGUAAACAUCGGUUCUGGCUAUGCCCCUGCAAAGAGUUAUAGCCUAAUACCUGUUUCUAGCAUAGAAAUGCGAGCUCUUCAACGGUUAAUACGUACUCAUCUUCUUGCCAAGCCCAUAAGCGUUAGUCUUUUCUCCUCCUUCAGGCCAUUCUCUUCCGGGAUCGAUACGGAAUCCAGUUGGAGCUCCCAUUUCGGAGAUUCUGGUUCCACCGACGUAUUUGAUUGGGAUGCGCAGUCAUCCUUCUGGUCCACCGGGCUAACGAAGGAGCACUUCGACGGAGAGAUCGUGGGUCGAAAAAUUGGGCCAGACACAAAACCCCCGAACACUAUUUCCGGGUCGACCCGUUGGACGGAUGAGGAGUUGAAUAUGGUUAAGCAACUGAGGGAGGAAAAUCUCAGCGGCAAGGCCUUUGCAGAUAAGAGUAUGAGAGAGAUGAAAUUUUCAGUGAAGCAGGUGAGGAAGCCAAGGGUGUUUUUGAAGGAUUCUCAAAAAACAGAAAUGUACAAGAAGCACAAGGAAAAUCCUGAUGUAUACACGGUUGAAAGUCUUGCAAAGGAAUAUGGGAUCCUGAGGCAGAGGGUGCAUGCCAUUCUAUGGUUGAAAGAGUUGGAGGAGGAGGAAGAGAAGAAGCUUGCAUGUCCACGGGAUGAUUCAAUUGACAUCUUGCUUGAUACUUGCCCCGAGGACACUGUUUUAAAACUUCAACAGUUUUGCUGAUGACAAAUUUGUACUUCUCCCCCAGAUUUUUUAACUCCCACGACAGAGAAUUUGAAGUUCCUAGCAUUCCAUUCAAGAAAUACUUUGAAGUUAUGCCAGAGGGCUGGGAUGGAAUGACUAGAGACCCAGAUGACGGGUACUGUGAAACAUCCAUAAGAGAGGAGGAGAUGAUUUAUCAGGAUUUUGUCCAACGGUUCAACUGCAAUAAGAUGAAGAUGGCAAAAAAGCAUAAGUACAACCGAAGGCACGCAGCACAUACAAGGAACUAUACUGAUGAUAAGUUAGGGCCACCUAGAAACCAGCAGAGCCAGGAUGGGAUGGGCCUUUUUUAUGGCUCCAGCUAUCCUCUCUAUGAACUAAGGAGAAUCUUCAUGAAGAGAAAGUCCCCUCGACGAAGCAGAAAGAUCCGCUUAUGACCUCAACAUAUAAAGGUAGAGUCGCUGGAAGACAUAAUUUUUUUCAAAUGACAUUUGCUCAGAUCAUGUUUCCUAACACAUCACAUGUUCAUCAGCCGUAAUUACACAUGGCACAUAUAGUGUUUGUAAGUGUUUUUGUAACUUUUUUUUUGAACUUGUAGCAUUAUUGUGGGAAUACAUACUCCUUUCGUGUCCAUCACAAAUGUGUUGGCAUUUGUAUCUUGCUUUUUCUUUGGGAGUGCAUUUUACAGUAUUAAAUUUUAUCAAUUUCACUCUUGGGUCA